AUGAAUAUAAUUCCAACUAACAAUACAACUUCUUUAAAACUUUCGUGGGAACAUUUAAAUGAAUACGAAGAGGGAAACGGACCGAUUACAAGCUAUACAAUUUACACCAACUACACAAAUAGACAGUGUACUGACGAUGUAGGCACACCAACCGAACAGAAGAAUAUCAGUUUAACAAAUUACAUUGUAAUAGAUAAUUUACAACCAUAUACGGAAUAUAGCAUUCAAAUAAGUGCGUUAACCGAAGCUGGAGAAGGGCCAUUAUCAGACCUAUCAACAUACAUGACGAAUGAGUCAAUCCCCGGCUCUAUUACCAAAUCAGCAAUAAUAGUAGAACCAGGAAAAAGGGAAGCUCACUUUAAUUGGUCGGCACCUUGCUUACAAAAUGGAAUAAUUACAAUGUAUGACGUUCAUGUCAAUAACAUCAAAGAUAAUCAUUUAAUUAGCAAUACUUCUACCAGCCCAGCUGCUGUCAUUAAACCACUUAAACCAUACAGCAAUUACACAGUGAAAGUAAGAGCCUAUACGUCUAUUGGACCUGGAAAUUUCAGUGAAGUAAUCCAGUUCUCAACAGAAGCCGAUGCGCCUGGACGUGUCACUAACUUGAAAUUAACUCCGGAAGUUAAUGUCACAAAACCAAGAUCACUUCAGGUGACAUGGAAUGAACCUCUGGAUAAAAACGGCAUUCUAAUAGCAUAUCAUAUUUUAUGUACCAAUUUGAAUGACUCACGUGGCGUGUACAAGAAUCGAACAGACUCUAAUGCUUCGUCUUUCUUUUAUCCAAUCGUUUUAACAGGGGUAUAUAGAGUAAAGGUAUAUGGAGAAACUGCCGAAGGCAACGGCAGCAUAGUCGAAAAGAUAACCGUCGUACAAGCGGGAGCUCCUAUUAAAGUAAUUAAUGAGACAAAUGGAGUUUUAUUGAUGCAGCCUAGUAAUGAACAGCCACCAGACAAGGAGAAACAGAUAGCUAUUCAACUUCCCUUAAAAACGUUCUUAUGUAACACAAGUAGCGGUGAGUUAAAACGAUGGGGAAUUGUUGUAGCACAAGAUGGCCAAGCAAAUGAUCCAGAUCUUACGACUCCUAUAGCAGCUGGUAUAUCGUCAGCGGUGGUUGUCAUAGCAAGUGGCGCUCUUGUCAUUUUCUUCCUUAGACGAAAACAAAUUCUCUGUUUUAGAAAAGAUGACGAAAGUCUGAUAACAAAUACCCCAGGUGUAGGAAUACAGCUUGAUAAGAUUGAACCUACGAAAAAAAAUCAGCUAAGUCAAAAAAGACACGAUCCAAUUAAGCUCAGUGAAUUGUCAGAUGUUGUUGAAAGGUUCCACAGGGAUUCUGAUUUGCUUUUUGCUGCCGCUUAUAAGAUGUUGAAAGAAACGAGUCCAAAACAUCCAAUGACGGCAGCAGAACAACAGUGUUGUCGACCGAAAAACAGAUAUACUAAUAUUCUUCCAUUUGAUCACUCUCGAGUAAAACUAAGACCGUCAGAUGAUAUAGAUGGAACGGACUACAUCAAUGCUAAUUAUAUUCCUGGUUAUAAGUCUCGUAGAGAAUAUAUUGCUACCCAGGGCCCUAUGCCAACUACUUUUAAUGACUUCUGGAGGAUGGUGUGGGAGCAAAAUGUUGACACUAUCGUAAUGCUGACAAAACUGAUGGAAAACGGACGGCGUAAGUGUGAUAAAUAUUGGCCGGACCUUGGAGAGCCUGUUUUCUACGGAGAUUUGGUUGUUUCACUUCAAUCAGAAUCCAACAUGUCUGACUAUAUUAUAAAGAUAUUUGAAGUAAAAACGAAUGCGCAACGGAAAAUGGUUCGUCACUUUAGUUACUUGAAGUGGCCAGAUAUGGGUUGUCCUGAAACCCCGGAACUAUUGUUAGAGUUCGUGAAAGCUGUUAAACAGUAUGGUAAUCGGGAACAUGAAUCCUCGAAUGGACCAAUGAUUGUCCAUUGCAGUGCUGGUGUAGGUCGUACUGGGACAUUUAUAGCCGUGGAUUAUUUGUUGCAACAUAUCAAAGAUCACGACGAGGUGGAUAUAUUUAAUCUUGUCCUUGAAAUGAGAAACAAUCGAUUGAACAUGGUGCAGACAGAGGACCAGUACAUUUACAUUCACGAAUGUAUUAAGUCGUUCAUCACAACUCAACAAGAAGAAGAAGAAGAAGACGAUGAUGAAGCUAUUUACGUGAAUACUGGAUUUGGAGCCAAUGAAGAAAAUCUAUACGCCAAUACUUAAAAAUUGACAAAGAUUGAUUUGUGAUAGCUAAUUGACUAAGUGGAUAACAGUUAUUUGUUAUGGACGAAAACGUUUUUGCAGAACAAAUACAAAGUCAUGUAUUUAUAUUGAUUGACAGAAAAAAUAUAUAUAAUCUUAUAUAGUCACAAUCACAUAUUUUCCAGGCAUGUAAUGUAUUUUUUAUUUCAUUCAUUUAACGUAUGUAUCUAAAAAAAUGUAAAUAGUAGCAUGUAACCAUUCAUUUUGUAAAAGCACACUGUGCAUUGUAUAAGCCUUUUAAAGUCAUC